GCUUGGCGCAGCUAUUUGACUGAACAUGGACAAUGUCAAUAUUGUUGUUCUGGGGACAGAGAGCGUCGGGAAGUCAGCGCUGACUGUGCGCCUCUUAACGCGGAGAUUCAUCGGAGAGUAUGGAGAUAUCGAGGCCAUCUACAGUCACACUUUUAUGGUGGACGGGAGGGAGAUCACUCUCAAUAUUUGGGAUUCACCUUAUUCUGAGUGUUCAUCUGUGGAGGCAUCUCUCUCAGAGAAGAAGGCCCAGUGGGCAGAUGCCUACAUCCUUGUCUACAGCAUCUGCGACAGAGCCAGUUUCAAUGUGGGAAACAAGAGAGACUUGCCCCACAGGCGGACAGUGCUGAGUGAGGAGGGCCGGCUGCUGGCUCUCAACACAGACUGCCACUUCUAUGAGGUGUCGGCAGCCGAGAACUACCACAGCGUGCUCAUGGUGUUUCACGGACUGGUGGACAGGAUGAAGGAUGCCAAGCUGACCAUGAAGAGGCCUCUGGGGUUCAAGGGCAUAGUGAAAAGCAUGUCUGCAGUGUUUACCAGGAGACGGACAGACUCGUUUUAGCAAAACCAUGAAAGAAGAGGAAGGAGUUUUCUGUGAAUUCACAUUAGGUAUAUUUGGCUGGAUGGAUAAUAGUUAGCCAGUGAAAUAUUACUAGAUGUGUCACAUAUACUUAUGCCAGAGAUAACAAUGAAACCUACAGAGACAAUGACACAACAGAGAUGGGAAAUUCUUCUUGGUAAAAAUUGUGGAAAGACUCCAGAGAAGAAAAAAUCCAUUAAGCUGAUAUGGAGACGAUGCGAUGUGACAUGUGUUUCUGGUGAUUAGAUGCACUUCAAGCUACACAAGAGGGAUGGAAUUACAUAAAAUACAUUUCUUAUAAUAAAGAUACUUGACAUGUAACUUAUGCAACAACAUAUGCAAUGUGUAUGAGCUGUUUUUAUUUGCUACCAGCUGUGGCUUCAGCUUAGAAGAAAUUCUAUGCAUGCAUAAAAUGUCUAUUUACUUAUGAUGCGUACACUGAAGCACAUGUCUUCAGGCUAAAAAAAAAAGCCUUCAAACCACUCACAAAACUUUUCUGUUGCAAGAAGAACUGACUGGAAAGUGUAAAUAAAUAAAAUGUAAAUAAAAUGUAC